AUGGAAUUGUAUAUAUGGCCAUCUGAUUUCGGAUUACCUUCAGUAGAUUCUCGCUGUCUUCAAUUCAUGGUAUUGAAGCUAUAUGUUCUCUUAGAAGCAUGUGCUAAAUUUUGCGCAGCACCGGUAUCAGUCAUUCCCGGUUGGUCACCAUGGAAAAGUCAGAAUGGUGAAUAUCCGAUGUUUGUUGAUCGGAGUAAUAUGAUCGAAAAAAUUUAUGACUUCGACAAAUUUGCUGACAUGUUACGAAAAAAUGGCCAGGAAGUUGUGUUGGACAGCGAGCUAAGGGCGAGUGAGAAGUGCGAAUUUGAAGCAUAUUCAAGUUUGAUGCAUCGAAAUUUCUAUCCCGCUGAAUUGCAAUUUCUUUGGCUUGAUCCUUAUAAUUACUCGGCAAUAACGCAGCACUGGUAUUCAAAGCAAUUGCCGUUUGGCUAUAAUUUAUAUUACUUGGAAAAACGUCGCAGACGGGCUCAGGCCUACAUUUCAGCUUGCGGUCGCAAUGAAACGCAAAUUAUUCAUGAUGCCGUAAAUACGAUCAAUUUUUUAGAAAACAGACUUGAUAACAAAAAGUACUUCUACGGUGACAAGUAUGUAAUAAUCUACCAUGUUUAA